AUGAUCCUUCAAUUGCUAUCGUGUGUCGGGGCUAUUGUUGGCUUUGUCUUUCUUGUGCUAGCCAUUGCUGCUGCGCUCUACUAUAUUUCGGAGUUGGUGGAAGAACAUCUGGAACCUACCAAGCGGUUAUUAACAAGAUUGAUAUAUUGCGUUAUGGGCAUAUUUGUCCUCUUGGUGGUGGUGGACAGGUUUCCCAUAAUGCUUACUGCGUUUUCCAUUUUCUCCUACUGGGUGUACCUUAAAAACUUGACGCGGUUUCCUUAUGUCGAGCUUUCUUCACCAGUAUUUUUGGUGUCUUGUGUUCUCGUCAUUGCCAAUCACUUUUUAUGGUUCAGCCAUUUCCACAACCCAUAUAUUCCUCCUAUCGAGGAACGACUUAAGCACGACUAUAUACCGCCUCGCAUUCCGCUGUUCAUGGAGGUUUGCUCGUUCUUUGGCUUGUGUGUUUGGUUUGUUCCAUUCGCCUUGUUCGUGAGUUUGAGUGCUCAUGACAAUUUACUACCCCACCACAUUGCCGUCUCUAAUGAUCACGAUAAAAAGAAGAAUAAUGGUCUUGCCAAAGUGGUGGUUGCUCAUUUGCGCGAGUUUGUGUAUUCGGUGAGCCGGCGCCUCGGCUACGAGUUGGAUCCUAACCACGGAAGAAUCGCUUAA